GUGGCCGCGGAGCCCAGGGGAGCGGCGCGCGGGCGACCCUUCCUCCCCGCCCCGCGGAGCCCCCGCCCCGCGUUGGGGAUCCGUUUCCCUCUCCCGAGUCCAGGCCGCGGCGAGCACCCAGGAGGCUGUACAAAUGGUCAGUGUCCAGGUGACUCCCGGGCAGCUCUGGGAAGUACUCGUCCUCACUGAGCACCAGCAAGGUUAUUGCAGCCCGAUGAACUGUCAUUUGAUUUGAAUCUCACUAACUUUGAAGUGAAUGUUAUCAAAAGGAUUGCUUAGUGAAUGGGACAGUUGGAUUAUUUUUCCGCUAAUUAAAUCACCCGUCUGUUGGAUGUUAUGAACCUAACUUUAAACCUGAAAGAUCUCCCAGGCACUGGGCUAUGCACCCCCUCUCAUGAACUGUGACCACUCAGGGAGACAGAUGCUUACAACUCCUGGGGACUACAGGAACCUUGUAAAGGCAGAUAAGGGGUUAGUUGAUUCUGGUGUCUGUGGGAGGGGGAUGAGAGACAGCUGUGGAAAACUAGCCAGGAAACUAGCUCAGGUGAAAGAGGUGAUUUUUCUGCUUACGUAGCUGGCUGGCAAAGAGCAGAACUAGGGCUCAACCUUAAAUCUCCUAACUCCAGACUCCUUCAUUGGAUAAACAUUCUUUGAAUGUCCAGUAUUUGUUAGGUCCUACUUUAGGCGCUAGGAUAUAAAGAUGAAUGAGAUACCAGGCGUUCCCAGUCUGGUAAGAAGACAAGUAAGGCGAGAAACAGCUUUGAAAAACAAGGAUUUCAAAAAAGUAUCUGUAAUCCUCCGAAUUUAUAGAUUCCCUCUGCAUCAUCCCAGCAAAUGGCCAUCCAUUCUUUGCUCCAACAUAAUCUAGUGACUUAUGGCUCAUAAUCUUAGAAGGCAGCUCAUUCUAUUUUUGAGCAAUUCUAAUGUUAAACUCAGAACAGCUUUCUUAGGCACUCCAUCUGUUGAUGCAAGUUCUACCUCUGGAGCUACAGACAGUAGCUCUCAAGUCUGUUUCAUAUCACAGUCCUUCAAGUAUCUGAACACACCUUUCCUUAGUCAUUUCUUUUAUUCCUGUGAGCCCUUAGUCUGUAAACCAUUAAUCAUAACUUCAGCUCUAGAUUCUUUACCAUAGCACCCAGAACUAAGUGCUUCUUUUAAAAAGAUGCUACGGAGAGCACAUGCGAUUGCAGUCGCACGCCGCCGCCGAGCCCGCCCGCCGCACUGCGCACGCUGGCAGUCAGUAGAUAUAUUUUUGCUGUCAUGGAUCGGUUUGGAGAUAUAUCAGAAGGUGAAGUGGACCAUUCUUUCUUUGACAGUGACUUUGAAGAAGCAAAGAAUUGUGAAAGUAACUCAGUCUUUGAGAAGCAAAAUGAUAACACUGAAGAGAGAAUAGAUAAAGAUACAGAAAAUGUAAACUUGGAAUUUGGAAUACAAAAAAGGGAAAAUGAUCUUACUGAGAAGGGAACUGAAAGAAAUGAGAAAAUUCCUCCAGAAGAACAGCCUGUAGAAAAUGAUAAUAUACACACUGGAAAUUCUUCAUCCUCAACUACUUCCUCAAGAUCAAAAUGGUGUGAUGCUACAGUAGAACAUAAAAUACACUUGCCCAUUCCAAAUAGCAUUCCCAAAAUUGUAAAAGAAGGUGAACAUGAUUACUAUACAGAUGGAGAGGAAAGCAGUGAUGAUGAGAGAAAGCAUCAUGUCAGGUCAAAGUCAGCUAAACCAUCUAAUAACUUCAAGAAAAGCAUGAGUAAAAAGUAUUCCAGAAGUAAUUCCUCUUCCUCCUCUUCCUCUUUGUCCUCCUCAUCUCCAAGUUCCGAUACAGACUGUUCAGAUACCGGGUCUGACGUCUGUUUAUCUGAUUCAUCUCCAUCAUUAAAGAAGCAUCUGUCUGGUGUAACCCACUUGUCACCAAAACAGAAAUAUAAACUGGGAGAAAAAUCAACAGGAGCACGAACUUCAAGUACUAAACCAAAAGUCGGUGACUACACCGAGGAAUCUGAAGAUACUGUGACAGAUGUCACUCCUUUAUCGACUCCAGACAUCAGCCCUGUUCAGUCUUUUGAACUGGGUGCAUCAAGUGAUCAAAAAAUGAAAGUUAAAAGGCAAGAAAACGUGAGUCAAGAAGUAUAUGAGAAUGUUGAGGAUUUUAAAAAUAAUUCAAAAUCUUUGAAAUCAGCCAAAAAAGGGAAAGAAAAACACGAGCCUGGUCUCACCUCAAAGUCGGCAGUGUUGGAUUCCAGUUUAGACCACAGAUAUAAACAGAAGGUCUUACAUGACACAAUGGACCUGAAUCAUCUUUUAAAAGCUUUUCUGCAAUUAGAUGAAAAGGGACCACAAAAACAUCACUUUGAUCAGCCCUCAGUAGCACCUAGGAAAAACUACUCUUUCACAAGAGAGGAGGUGAGACAAAUUGAUCGAGAAAACCAGAGGCUUUUGAAAGAACUGUCGAGACAGGCUGAAAAACCGGGAAGCAAAAGUACAAUUCCAAGAAGAUCGACUGGUCCUCCCCCUAAGUUAUAUCAUAGUGCUCUCAACAGACAGAGGGAACAACAAAGGAUUGAAAGAGAAAAUUUGGCUUUAUUGAAAAGGCUUGAAGCUGUGAAACCAACAGUUGGUAUGAAACGUUCAGAACAGCUGAUGGACUACCACCGCAACAUGGGCUAUCUCAGCUCAUCCCCGACCUCGAGACGAGUGAGGUCCACUCUUGGCCAGUACAGCCCGUUACGAGGGGCUUCCAGGACAUCCAGUGCUACCAGUGGUCUCAGUUGUAAGAGUGAGCGAUCAGCUUUUGACACAUCCAGUGGCCUGUUGUUAAGACCUAAGCCCCCUAAAGUCCGUACAGCUUGGUUAUAAAAACUCUUUUUACUUUAAACAUUAUUCAUCCAUUGCUCUUGUAUAAUAUUAUCAUUCUCUAUGUAAACAUCUAAAUACUGUUUUAAGCAAUUUAAGGUGUGCAACAGUGACUUGUAAUUUAUUGUAAUUCAACGCAAAAUUGUUUUCAAAAAGACAGUUUAAUAUAAAAUCAGUGUUUCCUGUGAGGAGGUGUUUAUCUGAGACAUGUAUGUAUUUCAUAGAGAAAUGGUAGUAUGCCUGUGUAUUUUCUCAACAUAGAAAUUGGUUCAGCUGUCAGACUGAUAAAACAGUUGUGAUAGCGUCUCUAAAUGUUGGACCCAAGAUGUUAGCUAUAUAGUUCUUGUUUGAUGUGUUCUUUUUUUUCAUUUCUUCUAAGCUUUAUACCAUGAGCGUAGCUCCUGACUGACUUUGCUUUCUGUUUGCUUCAGAACUUGGGCGAUGUGACUUAUAACUUGAUUGCAAGAUAGUUAUUAUGAAACAAAUCUUGAAAUUUGUUUUCAUUGGUGGAGCUGAUUUCAAUUUGAUGAGCAGAUUGAGAGACGCUUGAACGGGGGCAAUCCUUGUGAUUCACCAGAGGUACCUACUACUGAGUUAGGUACCUCUGGCACUGAGUUAGAUUGAAAACAUUUUAUCAACGUUUCCAAACCACUUCAAACUCAACUUAGAAGCUCCUCUUUCGUGUUUUUAUACAUUCAGGGAAAUUAGGUUUCUUUAGAGCUACUGCAUUGUGAAUAGUUUGUUCCAGGACCAGAUCAUCAUAAGCAAAAGCAAGUAUUUGUUGAAUCAGCAAAAUAGCACCACCAGUUUGAAGAGCCAAGAAGCAGAUCCUGAGUUAUGUCAGGACAGUGUUUUAAGUGAUGCUGUUAAUGAGCUGUGUAAUAUUUAGUGUUUAUUGUUUUAAGUGAAAAGAAAAGUGAGAGAGAAGUGCAUUGUUUUUCGCAGCUUUAGAAAGUCCAGCUAGUGUUUUUAAAAGCUGAAAAAGAACACUAAAAAUUUGAAUGAUAAAAGGAAAAAAAAAUCACAUAUUUGUUGAGGCUGCUUUAAAUGUCAGCUAAUUUUCUUGCUUUGUUUUGGUUUGGGCUUUUGUGUUGAAUCCCGGAAGUGUCAUUUUUGCCAGUCCCACUUUUAAAGUCCUAGUGAUUUUAAUGGAAUUAGUAAUGGCGAGUAGGGUGUAAUAUAGUUGACUUUUAAAAUUAGAAUAUUUUUCUGUCAAUCUAUAGGCUCUUAUAUUAUACAACAGAGCAUAUCUCAGUCAUGUUGCUUCUGCUGUCCUAGUUGUCACUCUUCAUUACUGGCCUUUUCUGUAUACUUUACAAUGUAUUGGAAAGUUUCUAUAUUAAAUGCCAAAUCUUUCUCUUUUUUAGUGUGAAUUUUUGAUCUGUAACCACAGUAAGAUUUUUUUUUUGUUUUUCUGGGUUAACCCAAGCUCUGUAGCAUGUGUACCAAACUUACUUUUCUUACUACCUUUGGCAAUAAGCCAAACUGCAUUUUACUAAGUAUCAAUCCAGAAUUUCUUGGUCUUAGUUUGUAUUGAUAGAUUUUGUUUAGGAUAGGGCAUGUGAAGCAUGGGAAGAAUGGGGUUAAAAAAUUCAUGUGAACCCAACCUGUGAGAUUUUUCUGCUGGUUUCUUUGAGCUAUAAUGCCUGUUUAUUGUUAUUUGAUAUUCUGUUCUGGUGAACAGGUUGUUACAUCACUUAGUGCUCUGCUUUAUGUAUAGACUUCAGCUGUACUAAACCAAGGUUUGGUUUUGUUUUUUAACUUUUUGCACUUUUAAUGUUUGUAUAACAGCCUGUCUUUAAGGGGUAAUAAGAUAAUGCUUAAUUUAAAAUUCAGCAUUUGAAUCUCUUCCCAAUAGUGAGUUAGCCAGUUUUUUUAAAUUGAUUAAGUUAUUAGGGGAAAAAUAUGAAACCUUUUAUGUAAUAGCCUUAGUCUUUGAAUACAUUUUAUAUGGUCUUUACUGCCAUAUGUCAGGAUACAGUUAUAAUUUUAUAGAUAAAGCUGUACUUUCAUUUUUCAUCUUUAAAAAAUUUUUUUCUUUGUAUUUUGAUUUUAGAUACUAAUAUAAUGCUUUUACUUUUUACUAGUUUCACAGGGAAGGUUCAUCUAAGUAUUGCUGAUAACAGGGAUUCAACUUGAAGUGAAAGUCAGGAAGAACAACAAUAUUCAUCUUUUCAAAGUGGAAUUUACAUUUCUGUUGUCAUGAUGAGUUGUAUUAUAUGAUAUUAUAUAUAAAUAGAGGGAUAGGAGUUGGAAGAUGUGAUAUUCUCUGAUAUAAGUCAAGGUACUUUUAAGUUGUUAUGGCUUAAGGGGUAUUUUUAUGAAGGAAUCAUAAGGUUACUAUUUUCAUUUUCAAGAACGUUUAAAAAAAGUGAAGGAUCCUCUAGCGCUACUUUAUAUUUGGUUCACUUGUACCUAAGAUAUAUAUUUUGAAGAUUUACAUGUGCAACUAGAAAUUGUACUAAUCCAAGUCUACAGUUACUAGACAAGGUUCUUAUUGAGUUAUUUUCAUAUGUCAAAUGUUAAACUGAUGUUGCAUCCUUUUUAAUAAGAUUCUAUGAAGGAUUUUGAAUUAUUAAAGUUAAUUCCUAAGGGAUAGUAAUUAUCUCAUACUUCCCCUACUUCCUUUUUUCAGUCUCCAUAAAAAGAUGCUUUCUUAGCUCCUACUCCAAAUAAAAUUUUUGUUUGCGUGUAAAUGUAGUGUAAUGCAGUUAUUUUCAGCCUGUUAACCCAAAUGUCCGAAAUAGAUAUCUAGAUAACUUUAAAAAGAGGUCAUUGGGAUGGAUAUGAUUGUGUACGUCUCAUCUUCAAAUUCAAAUACUGCACACUAUGAAAAGUAUUAUGACCAGUAGAAAGUUGGGAACACAAGUUUGUUAUUCAAUUUUAAUAAUUAAAUUCAUAAAAUGUUUAAUAUCUUAAAUGCCAAAGUCUUAACCUAUAAAUGAUUGUAAACCGUCCUAGAAAAUGUGCUUAAUGCUCGUGUAUAAUUUAUUUCUAUGAAUAAAGACAGUAAGAAACUUAGAAAUCCA